AUGGGUUUCUUCGUUACAAAUUCUUCGCUGUUAGCCGACCAGAGUUUGUCUUGCUCCGUUUUGAAGAGAAGAUUCAACAGCGACGAUCGACAUCCCGAGCUCGAGACAGCGAUGAAAAUCUCAGCUUCUCCACAGAGUCAAGACGCUAAAGACAGGCCAAAAAACAUUCAGCCUGUUCUUCCACUGGCCCCAAAACCAGCAUCAGGACCAGUUCCUAUUUCAAGCCACACCCCUCAUAUCAAGACCUCCCCCGUCCAACCUCCGCACGUGACCUCCUCAAAAAGAUCUGUGGCUCAACCUUCAUCCGUGUGCUUUGAUGCUGCACCUGAACUGGAAGAACCAAGUGCCAAGUGUCGCCGUUUAGAUGCCUCACAGAAAAAUCCUACAGAGAAAAUACAGAAGAAGAUACUGUUACGGCGUCUUGCCUGGCCUACACCUCCUGUGCCUUCAGAUGAGAAGAAAAUCUCAGCAGCUUCUCCACAGAGUCAAGACGCUAAAGACAGGCCAAAAAACAUUCAGCCUGUUCUUCCACUGGCCCCCAAACCAGCAUCAGGACCAGUUCCUAUUUCAAGCCACACCCCUCGAGUCAAGACCUUCCCAAUCCACGCUCCAAAAGUGACGUCCUCAGACAGAUCUGUGGCUCAACCUUCAUCCGUGUGCAUUGAUCCUGUAUCUGACCUGGAGGAUCCAAGUGCCAAGUGUCGCCGUUUAGAUGCCUCACAGGAAAAUCCUACAGAGAAAAUACAGAAGAAGAUACUGUUACGGCGUCUUGCCCGGCCUACACCUCCUGCACCUUCUGCAGCUUCUCCACAGAGUCAAGACGCUAAAGACAGGCCAAAAAACAUUCAGCCUGUUCUUCCACUGGCCCCCAAACCAGCACCAGUUCCUAUUUCAAGCCACACCCCUUAUAUCAAGACCGCCCCCGUCCAACCUCCGCGCUUGACCUUCUCAAAAAGACCUGUGGCUGAAACUCACUGCUGUCGGGACACAGUGAAGCUGUUUGAAUCCUGUCUGAAAAUGCUGUCACGUGAUAUUCCAGCCUGCAGCAUGCCAGUAGCCUCCGUCUUUUGCUUCUGGUCAUUGUCAAGGCUUUAUGGAACACACUGAUAAAGCACAGCUGGAUCUCGUAUAGACUAAGAUUCGGUGGUACGGCAGACCUGAUGCAACCUGUAGCGGAUCGGGAGACUACGCUCUGCACAUCACCAAGACUCCUGCAGUUCUACCAGGAUUACUUCCUAGUCAGAUAUUCCCUUCUUAAACUAGGAUUACUUGGUGACGCACAUGUACGGGAACGCAGCGAGAGAUGACUAGUGGAACAAAUUCUGAGGCCAUGCAGAGGGAGUAGAAGGACUUCAACACCACAGAGGUCAUUUACUGUUGCACCCUUCAGAUGGGUUACCCUGUCGUCACCAGCAGCAAGAAUGAAAGUCUUGACAACAGUGUCACCAUCUCAGGAGCACUUUGUGUAUGACAGAUGCCAAGAUCCGGAAUCCCGAGCUGUUCAACAAAAGGAAGCAUUGGUUGACCUGGCUUUAAGAAAAACCCAAAUGUGAGAAAAACACUAAAAGCAAUCUAACAGACACACUAAUGGACAGAGGAUGAACUCAGCACUGGGGGUUUAUUGCACAGAUGAUGAUGAUGUGAAUGACAAUGGAAACCAGAGCACAGGACAAGGAGAGACAGGGCACCACCAAUGAACGCAAGGAGACAAGAUGGAAACGUAAAUGUUCAAGAUCUCUCACAGGGUGAUAAGGACUGUCUAUCCUGAGGCUGUGGAUACACAUUAAGCAUCACUGCCUGGUUUAGAAGUACCCACCAGACGCAAGGCACUGAGUGGUGAGGACAGCGGAGAAAGCUAUCAGGACUUCUCAAUGAGUCACGAGAGACUCGAGAGGAAAUUCUAUCCCCAGGCAAUACGGCUACUGAAUGAGGACACUUGGGAAAAUCUACAUGUAUCUAUAUAUAGAUUCAUUUUUAUGCUGAACUUCUCAUAAACUUAACAAAGGAACCCAGCUUUUAUAUUAAAGCAAUAACACAUAAGAAGAACCAAGGACAGCAAUCUUCAAUUUGUAGUUGUGGCACUUCAUGAAUGAUGUUAUUUCACAGCACUAAAUUCCUUAAUUUUACUGAUGACUCAUUGACGACUCAGGACUGCAUGUAUACAAAAGGAGGUGGGCGCUUUGACUUCCAACAAUAAAGGAUCUCCGUACAGAUUAUUGGAUUAGUUAUUACACAUCCACUGAAAUGCUUUGGUCGUGUCAUGUUCGUGUAAUAAUAAUCACUGUGUUGAAAAUAGUGGAACAGCUCAUCUAUUACACUUGACAGGUACAUGUCUACAAUUCAUGUCCCAUUUUCUAUUGAAUGUAAUUUGUCUUAGUUUCAUUGUUUGGUAGAUUUCACACUAGUGCAAUUCAGCAAUUUUGA